UGACGUCAGACUUCGUGUUUCCGCAUUCCUCGGACACUCGGUAACCCACACAGAACAGUAAACCAUAUACACCACCUGCGUACGGACAGUUCGAGUCGCAGCCUCACCUCUCCUGCUCUGCCAGUGGGUUCAUCAGCUGAUCGUAUCCGGAUAAGAAGGCUCUUGAGCCGGGAUAAAGAGCUCAAGUUUGAAGAAGAUGGCAAGUCAAAGCUUCAUAAAAGCGGAGCUUUAAAGCAUCAUGAAGACAAAGAUUUAAAGUACCAUGAAGACAAAGCGUUAAUGCAUCAUAAAAGUGGAGAGCUAAGCUUCAUAAAGAUAAAGAGUUUAAGCUUUAUAAAGACAUAGAGUUAACGUUCUGAGAUGAAGAGUGAAAGUUCGAUGAUGAUGAAUAUGAUGUCGACUUUGAAAUAAUCUGUCUGGACCCUUGAAGAGAUCCAACAUGGCCGUCUUCAAGCCUGAAAAUGUUGAAGACUUUUAUGAGAUGGGAGAAGUCCUGGGGAGGUUAGAAUAUAAUAUAAAACAUGUUUAAUAUUAUUUGGUAAUAUAUAAUAAUUUAUAAAAUGUUUGUAAAGUUCAGCUAUGAUUCCUGUUUUUUUUCUAAUUAAUGAAUACCUGAAAUAUUUAACUCCUUUUAACACCCAUUAAUCACACUCUUUGGUCCCAAUUACACCUCAUAUUAACAUCUAUUUAGGACAUUCAGAUAAGUGGUAGUCCUUAAUGCUUUGUGUGGUUUGAUAUCUGAUAGCUCAGACUGCAUACAGAGGUGAUCUGGUCUUCAUCUGGACUGGAUUGGCUGUGUAGACACAACAUGUACUGGCAUGCAUUGAAGACCGCCUCAUUAGUUGACGUGAUCUGCUGUACUCUGCUAUUAGAUCAAAUACAUGAUUUUAUUUACGUCUGUUCAGCCUCGCUCAGAGUGAUGGGAGUUGUAACCCUUUUUAUUUGUCACAACUCAGUAAUGAGAGCCGGCCUUUCAGCUCCCAAACUGCUGUUCAUUUGGUACGAUAUUUACCUUUUUUACAUCUUUAAACAACAAAAAUGGAAAAACUGGAAACUCUCUCAGACAGGUGUUUUAUCUGAACCAUAUCAACAUAUAAGCAUGUCCUUUAAAAGCAUGUUUAUGACAACAUGAGGGAGGACAGAUGUGAAAGAAGCACUGCUAGCCUCUUAGUGCAUUGCUAAUUGGCCCCCAUUCAUUCUUAUUGUCAGCAGCGGAUAAGUCACAGGAAGCUUUGGAGCUACAAAUAUGAUGUUGGGGCUGUUGCUUAUGACACAGGCUGGUGGGUGAGAUCUUAUUGGUUGUUACUGUUAAUGUUAACACUAAGUGUAGUCAGCUCAGUAUGUGAAUGUACAACACAAAUGUUUAAUGUGAGGUGAAAUCAGCCCUUAAAGAAUUUACUACUCUGUGGUCUAAAUGUCUGAAUGUACUCUCUCAAGUAUUUUUUUAUCUUUAUCGAUCAAUCCAGCUACAUUAAACUUUAUUCAAACAGUCUGAUCAGUAGAUUUCCAUCAAUAAUUAAUCAUCCUGCUGUGACCCAAUCUAGUGGGCACUUCGGUCAGGUCCGACAGGUUCGGGAACGCUCCUCUGGGACUCUUUGGGCAGGAAAGUUCCUAAAGAUCCGAAAGAAUCCAUGCAGUCUGCUGGGUCUAGAUCGGAGCAGUGUGGAGCGCGAGGUUGAGAUCCUGCACGCCAUCCAGCAUCCGAACAUCGUGAUACUCAGAGAUGUGUUUGAGAGCAAAGCUGAGGUGGUGAUGAUCCUGGAGCUGGUGAGCGGAGGUGAGCUGUUUGACUUCAUUGCAGAGAAAGAGAACCUUCUAGAAAGUGAAGCCAUCGAGUUCCUCAAACAGAUUCUGGAAGCUCUGAGGUUCAUGCAUGGCAAAAACAUUGUCCACUUUGACCUCAAGCCAGAGAAUGUGAUGCUCUCAGACAAAUCAGCUCAUCCGAUCAUCAAACUCAUAGACUUCGGCCUGGCUCAGCGCCUCCUUCAGGGGGAAGAAUUUAGGUGCACGAGUGGAACUCCACAGUACAUCGCCCCUGAGGUGAUCAACAGUGAACCUCUGAGUGCAGCUGCAGAUAUGUGGAGUAUCGGAGUCAUCACCUACAUACUUCUCAGUGGUUUGUCUCCAUUCCAAGGCUACACUGAUCAAGAAACUUUGAGGAACAUCUUGUCUUUAACGUACGAGUUCAAUGACCAUGUUUUCAGCACGACAAGCUCGAUGGCCAAAGAUUUCAUCCAGAAGCUUUUGGUCAAAGAUCCUAGGGAAAGAAUGACAGCAGAGGAGAGUCUUCUUCAUCCAUGGAUCAAGCCAGUCACUCGCAGUCAGGCAGCCAAAAGGAAUCGAUCAUCAAUCAACAUGAAAAACUUUAAAAAGUUCAACGCUAGAAGAAAAUGGAAGAUGUCCUAUAACAUGGUGUGGGUGUGUAACCGGCUCGUUCGUCUCAGGCUGCUGUGUAAGAGCUCAGAACCUGAUCCCGUCCAGAGGGAUUGUGAGAGCGAUGCUGAGGAUGCAGAAAGCAAACCAGCUUCACUGCUGCGACGAAGACUCAGCAGCAGCUCAUAGAGAUGAGGAGGAAGAGCUGAGAGAUGGAGGAUGAAGACCUAAUUGUACUUCAUAAAGACCAGGAGGAGGACGAGGAACAGAGAGAAGGAAGAGCUAAAGCGAGAAGGACGGAGAGAUGGAUGAUGAACUGCAGCUGGGGGAAACCAGGAGGAGGACGAGGAUGGAGACUUAGAAGUACUUCAAACAGGCCAGGAGGACGAAGAGGAGGAUGAAGAGCAGAGAUGAGUAAGGGUUCAGGAGAGGCAGACAGAGCUGAGAGGAGGAGGAGAUGAAAACUCAGCAGCAUCUCAUAGAGACGAAGAGGAAGAGCAGAGAUGAGGACGGUGAUGAACUGAGGGAAGAUCAGCGCAGAUGCACCGACCUGUCUAAUAAGGCUCUGAUAAAGGAAAAAACACAUUUUCUACAAAGGGUUGUAUUUUUUUUUCAAUUACUAAUUGAAGAUAUUUUUGAUUUGGAUGGUGUUUGGUGAUAAAUGUCAGUGAAUAACAGCCAAAUAUUUAAAGCUUCAUGUUUUUUACUACCUCUGCCUUCUCUGCCUCUUGACUAUGAAGUCUCUGUUACACGAACACAUGUAGUCUUAGUUGUUUUUUUCUCUUUUGGUAUGGAGAAAUAGAAGUAUUUAGUUUUUGGUUUGGGAUGUUUGUUAACGUGAUCUUUUUUAUGUUUUAUCAUAACAUAUGACUGAUGUACUCCAGUAAAAGUACAAUGACAUGGAUUAACAUUUACUGAAAAAGAAGUAAAGUUACUGCUCUAUAAAUCUGCUCAAUAAAAAGAAAAAAGUAUUUGAUUUAAAAAAUGUUUUAAGUGCUGAGAAGAUGAUGAGGGGUUUUGCAUUAAAAUAUGCUUUUCCUUAAUUGGCAAUAACAUGAGAAUAUGGAUCUCCAACCUGGUUGUUUUGGCAAAGCAACACCUUUAUAAUAAAAUUAAA